GAGAGAGAGAGAGAGAGAGACCUAUAGUGGGGGUGUGUGUGUGUGCGAGAGAGAGAGUUAACCACUGACACGUCGCUUUAAAGGGUCUGAGAUUCUGUCAGUGUUUGUCCAUUUGAGGGGAUUGUCCCUCUGUCAACGACACGUCCACACUUGUCCAUCCAUAGUCGGUCUUGUUUUAGCCUCCAGAAUGGAUUUAUUGUAAUGCGCGCGGGACUCGGACAUCUUCAUCCUAUUAUGAGUUCCUCUGCGGAGACGCUGCCGUCGGCGGCGCAACUUUUCCGCGCGCAACGGCGCCGCUGAGCCGCGCGUCUUCCGGCGGAGGGAAAGUUCUCAGGCGACACCAGGAACAUGGGCUCGCGGUAAAAAGAGAACGAAAGAAAAAACUCCGACGGUUCCACUUCCCUCCUCUCUUCCAACGCCGCGCGUCGACAUGCAGAAGAGCGUGCGCUACAACGAGGGGCACGCGCUGUUCCUGUCGGUGGUCGCGCGUAAAGAGGGCACGAAGCGCGGCUACCUGAGCAAGAAGACGGCCGAGAACAGCCGCUGGCACGAGAAGUUCUUCGCCCUUUAUCAGAAUGUGCUCUUCUACUUCGAGAACGAGCAGAGCGCGCGCCCUGCCGGGAUUUACCUGUUGGAAGGGUGCACCUGCGAGCGCGCCCCGGCGCCCAAGAUGUCCACGACGGGGAGGGAAGCGCUGGAGAAACAGCACUACUUCCUCAUCGUGUUCGGCCACGAUGGACAGAAACCUCUGGAGCUGCGGACAGAGGAGGAGUGCGAGUGCGAUGAAUGGGUGGAGGCCAUCCAGCAGGCCAGUUAUUCCGAUAUCAUCAUCGAACGAGAGGUGCUGAUGCAGAAAUACAUCCACCUCGUGCAGAUAGUGGAGACAGAGAAGGUGGCUGCCAAUCAGCUGCGCACACAGCUCGAGGAUCAGGACACGGAAAUCGAGAGGCUUAAAACAGAGAUUGUAGCUCUGAACAAAACCAAGGAGCGAAUGCGGCCUUACCACAUCCAGCAUGAAAAUGAAGACCCGGAUAUCAAAAAGAUCAAAAAGGUGCAAAGCUUCAUGCGCGGCUGGCUCUGUCGGAGGAAGUGGAAGAUCAUCGUUCAGGAUUACAUCUGCUCCCCUCACGCCGAGAGCAUGAGGAAGAGGAACCAGAUUGUCUUCAACAUGGUGGAGGCGGAGACCGAGUACGUCCACCAGCUCUACAUCCUCGUCAACUGUUUCCUCAGACCGCUGAGGAUGGCCGCCAGCUCCAAGAAACCGCCCAUCAGCCACGACGACGUCAGCAGCAUCUUCCUCAACAGUGAGACCAUCAUGUUCCUUCAUGAGAUUUUCCAUCAAGGCUUAAAGGCGAGGAUAGCCAACUGGCCCACUCUGGUGCUGGCGGACCUGUUCGAUAUCUUGCUGCCCAUGCUGAACAUCUAUCAGGAGUUUGUGAGAAACCAUCAGUACAGCCUGCAGGUUUUGGCCAACUGCAAGCAGAACAGAGACUUUGACAAGCUGCUGAAACAGUACGAGUCCAACGCCGCCUGCGAGGGAAGGAUGCUCGAGACCUUCCUCACGUAUCCCAUGUUCCAGAUUCCCCGCUAUAUCAUCACCCUGCAUGAGUUAUUGGCGCACACACCUCACGAGCAUGUGGAGCGCAAGAGCCUUGAAUUCGCCAAGUCCAAAUUAGAGGAACUGUCCAGAGUGAUGCAUGACGAGGUGAGCGACACAGAGAACAUCCGGAAGAACUUGGCCAUAGAGAGGAUGAUAGUGGAGGGCUGUGACAUCCUGCUGGACACCAGCCAGACAUUCGUCAGGCAGGGAUCUCUGAUCCAGCUGCCGUCGGUGGAGCGAGGGAAGUUAAGCAAGGUCCGUUUGGGUUCUCUCUCUCUGAAGAAGGAAGGGGAGAGGCAGUGUUUCCUCUUUACCAAACACUUCCUCGUCUGCACACGCAGCUCCGGGGGGAAACUGCACCUUCUCAAGCAAGGUGGAGUUUUGUCCCUGAUCGACUGCACACUUAUAGAGGAACCAGAUGCCACUGAUGAGGAGUCUAAAGCCGGUGGUCAGGUUUUUGGCCAGCUGGACUUUAAGCUCAUCGUGGAGCCAUCAGACUCACCUUCAUUCACUGUCGUGUUACUGGCGCCGUCGCGUCAGGAGAAGGCCGCGUGGACCAGCGAUAUCAGCCAGUGCAUUGAUAAUAUCCGCUGCAAUGGCCUGAUGACCAGUGUAUUUGAGGAGAACUCCAAAGUCACUGUGCCUCAUAUGAUCAAAUCCGAUGUGCGUCUCCAUAAAGAUGAUGUUGACAUUUGCUUCAGCAAGACGCUCAACUCCUGCAAGGUCCCCCAGAUCCGUUACGCCAGCGUGGACCGACUGCUGGAGAGGCUGACGGACCUGCGCUUCCUCUCCAUAGACUUCCUCAACACCUUCCUGCACACGUACAGGAUCUUCACCACGGCAACUGUGGUCAUGGACAAACUGGCCGACAUCUACAAGAAGCCCUUUUCCUCCAUACCUAUCAGGGUGCAGUACCACUCAUUUGACCGUCUCUCCAUCUCAUCCAUCUGUCCUGACUACAGUCUGAAGAUCAAGAAGAUAGCCAUGGAUCAGACCAAGUCCCUGGAGCUGUUCUUUGCCACCAAUCAGAAUAACAGAGGUGGCGAGCACAUAAACGACAAAUCUCCUCGUCUCUGCCGCAAGUUCUCCUCCCCUCCUCCUCUGUCCAUCCCAUCCCGCACCUCCUCCCCGGUCCGAACACGAAAGCUUUCCCUUCACUCCCCCAUCACGGCCAGGGUCGGAGGCCUCGACUUGACCAGCCCUCUGUCCAACUCCAACGUCAAUCUCAGCACAUCCCAGUCUGCUGCCAGUAGCCCUACAUCUGCCCACAGCCCCCAGACCCCGACUCCCCAGACCCCUACUCCAACCACCUCUUCUCCUCCUCCACCUCCCUCCUCCACCUCUCCACCGCCCAACAACUCUAAGUCACCACAAGACCAAGCUCCUCCCAUUCCUUCGUCCCCGGACCAGUGUCCCGGCCCGACCGCAGAGGGGGAGGACGUGCCCAGGAUCGACCCUUUCUGUGGGAAACAGCGACGGAGCAUCCGCAGGGCUGUGCUGGAGUCAGUGUCACUGGAGAAAAUCAUCCCGGAGUCUCCUCAGAGCAGCGAAGCAGGAGACCUGUCUCCAUGUCGCUCUCCAUCCACACCUCGACACCUCCGAUACAGACAGCCUGGGGUCCAGUCAGGAGAGAACUCACGCUGCUCUGUCUCUCCUGCCUCUGCCUUUGCGAUCGCAACAGCUGCCGCAGGACAUGGUUCACCACCAGUGUUUACCAACUCUGAGAGAACUUGUGAUAAGGAGUUCAUCAUUCGCCGAGCUGCGACUAACAGGGUCCUCAACGUGCUGCGCCACUGGGUCUCCAAACACUCACAGGAUUUCGAGAUGAAUGGGGAGCUGAAGAUGUCGGUGAUCUGCCUCCUGGAGGAGGUGCUCAGAGAUCCAGACCUUCUGCCUCAGGAGAGGAAAGCGACUGCCAACAUACUAAGUGCCCUUUCCCAAGAUGAGCAGGACGAUGCCCAGCUGAGGAUAGAGGACAUCUUACAAAUGGCGGACUGUCCGAAGGCAGAGUGUUUCGAGUCUCUCUCAGCGAUGGAGCUGGCCGAACAGAUCACUCUGCUGGAUCACAUUGUCUUCAGGAGCAUUCCCUACGAAGAGUUCCUCGGCCAGGGCUGGAUGAAGGUCGAUAAGACAGAGAGGACGCCGUUCAUCAUGAAAACCAGCCAACACUUCAAUGAUAUGAGCAACCUGGUGGCGUCGCAGAUCAUGACCCACACCGAUGUUGGCUCGAGGGCCAACUCCAUAGAGAAGUGGGUUGCUGUGGCCGACAUCUGCCGCUGUCUCAACAACUACAACGGAGUGCUGGAGAUCACGUCCGCUCUCAAUCGCAGCGCCAUCUACCGCUUGAAGAAGACCUGGGCCAAAGUCAGCAAACAGGCCAAAGCCCUGAUGGACAAACUGCAGAAGACCGUGUCCUCUGAGGGAAGAUUUAAAAAUCUGAGGGAAACCCUGAAGAAUUGCAACCCUCCAUGUGUACCGUAUCUGGGAAUGUAUCUCACAGACCUGGCCUUUAUCGAGGAGGGAACGCCCAAUUUUACUGAGGAAGGCCUUGUGAACUUCUCCAAAAUGAGGAUGAUAUCCCACAUCAUCAGAGAGAUCCGACAGUUCCAGCAGACUCCGUACAGAAUAGAGCUUCAAGUCAAGGUGACCCAGUACCUUCUGGAUAAGACUCUGAUCAUGGAUGAAGACACACUCUAUGAUCUCUCGCUGAAGAUCGAGCCCAGGCUUCCUGCCUGAGUUACAGCUGUUUGUGGCCAGUGGGAGCCUGCGAAACCGUGACCCCCUCACCACAAGGGGCAAAAAACGCCCACAUAAUCUCAUCAAUCAAGAGGAAAUCAGGACGAUUUUGAGAGCGACGCGGAAAUGGAAAUAAGAGAGUGAGAGAUUUCUUGAGAGUCGAGGAUGAGCACAGUCAGGCGAAGCUUCAAACUUUUACAAGUCACCGUGAACAGGCGGAGGAUUUCUAAAGUGUCGGGCUGAUUGUCUCCAAGGCAAAUCAGCGGCGUUGCAUGAGCUUUUAGAGGGAAUGACAUGUCGCUGUGUGUGCGCUCAUCAGUCCUCCGUUGAAAGUGGUGCACGAGACAUCACACUUCUUCAGACUAGGCUGAGAGUGCAGGGAAAGGCUGAGAGCAUACAGUGAAUGAAGUGCAGUGGAUGUAACAGAGAUGUAGCAUUAUACAGAUGGUGUGACAGAGAGGUGUCUGUGCUCGUGUCUCUGUGUUCUUUUAACUUUGCAUUUUUCGUGCCAUGUCCUGGAGCAGGAGCCCCCCCCCCCCACAAAAAAGCUUUCUGUCUCGAUGGUCACUGUAUAAAACUUGCAUGAUUUCAGCUUUAGGAUGUAACUGUGUACAUGGCCUUCAACCUGACCCCUGACCCCUGACCCUUAGCUUAGCAUGCUUCACUUUGACCGGUGACUCUCUAAGCCACUAUGCACCCUCAGUGGGCUGGGUAUGGCAGAACGCCUGUAAGCCUACAAAAUUUAAUAUAGAAAGACGCUCAAAUGAAACCCAUGAAUAUCAUUUACAAUGAUAAUUUUGAUUUAUUUUCAUGAAGUAGGUGAUUUUUUUUUUUCCAAUGAUGAAACAAUGAAUUCUCUAUUAAUCUUUUGGUUGAUCUUUGCCUAAAGAUUUACCAUGAGAAAGGGAAAGCUCUCUUUUUCUUUUUAUUUGAAAUGUCCACAUGAAUGAUUCAAAAUUGAAAACUUUAUCAGUGCCUUCCACUAGCGUAGGUCAAUAUCUCAUGAAUUGCCAAUUUAUGAGCAUAAAGUUUUUUCUUUUUUUUUAUCCUGCUUAUGAAUCUUAAAUUUCUUUUUAAAAAAAUGGCCGUUUAACUUGUUCUUCAGAAAACAGGUCAUGUAGACUUAACAGUAGCAUGUUAGUGAAAACUGGUGAUGUCAUUGCAGCGUCUGAUCAUCAGCAAAUAUCUCCCUCUAGUGUUUAAACCUUGUCAUGACCUCUACUGACCCAAAGCUUUUGCGGUGUACUGUUCGUGUGCAGUCUGAUUUUUCUGGCUUUUAACAAAUUGUCCGAUACUGACGUGUGUAGUCAGGUCCCAGUGUUUGAGUCUUGGAUGUAGGCUGGGACAGUUUUUGCACUCUCUGACAUGUAGCUUUGCUUGAGUGACAGUAUGAUAGUUAUUAUGUACCAUGCUAUUUAUUUCAUCAGAUACUGUAUUUAAAUUAUCUUUGUAUAUAGUGAGUCUGCACAUUUCAUAUGAUUGACGAAGGGAUACUUUGAAUUGUUAAGCUGUGAAUAUUACUUUAUUUUAUUUAUUUUUUGUCUCUUGCUUUCAUGUUGAAUUCUAGUUUUGCAUCCCAGGCUCUUGUAUUGCAAGAAAUCUGUUUAACUUUAUUCUAAAACAAACAAAAAAAUAAAUAAUGUAGCAUUUGAAAAAAAAAACUGAAUUUGUUUUCCAUAUUGCUGAUAUGAUGACCGUAGAUGUCCUGCAUGCACACAACAUCUGCAUGUUGUGCAUGUCUGACGUUCCCUGCACCUCGUCCCUCUGCUUCUCUAUAUCGUCUGUUAAAAGGCAUAAAAACUAUAAUUUGUCCAUCACAUCUGGGAUGUUUGUCUCAUCCAGCAUAGUCGUUACAAUUUGCCGUCUUCAAAACAGCUGUUUUCAUGCAGAACCAGUGUUUUUGCAGGCCUCAGUGAAAUUUCUUUUAGGCUUUGCUUUUGGGAAAAUGUGUCUGUAAUCUCCAGGUUUGGAUGCUAUGUUUGUAUUGUAAUAUCGUUUUUGUGUGUUCAUUUAUUCGUUUACAUUUUUCACUUGUUGGUGCAAGGGAAAUAAAUUCAACAUGCCUUAUGUUA